AUGGGGGAAACAACAACAAAGCUAGGCAACAUGAGGGUCCCUGAAACACUGAUCUGGGCCGUCUUUCUCAUCCAGAAGGUGGUGGGAGAGUAUGGCAUGGCCCAUUUCAGUGACAAGGGCAAGAGCAAAGGAAAAGAUUACUGCAUAUUCUUCAACUCUCAGUGGGCACGUUUACCUCAGGACCUCAAUAAGGCAUCACGUCUCCAGAUCUACGACUUGACAACAUCGGUCCUGUGCUCAGCCUCUGAGGUCCCAGAGGGUGGCUUCCCGAACCGUAUCCCCAUGGUGAUGAGGGGCAACUGCACUUUCUAUGAAAAGGUUCGCCUGGCCCAGAUUAAUGGUGCCAAGGGCCUGCUCAUUGUCAGCAAGGACAGACUUACACCACCAGCAGGAAACAAGACUCAGUAUGAGGAGAUUGACAUUCCUGUAGCACUGCUCAGCUACUCUGAUAUGUUGGACAUAAGCAAGACCUUUGGUAAAGGACAGCUGGUUGCUAUGUACGCACCCAACGAGCCGGUCUUGGACUAUAACAUGGUGAUCAUCUUCUUGAUGGCAGUAGGAACGGUGGCCAUUGGAGGCUACUGGGCUGGCAGCAGAGACAGCAAAAAACGGUACAUGAAGCACAAACGGGACGAUGGCGCAGAGAAGCAAGACGAGGAGACCGUAGAUGUCACCCCCAUCAUGAUUUGUGUUUUCGUCGUCAUGUGCUGCAACAUGCUGGUGCUACUCUACUUUUUCUACGAUCGCCUGGCCAUUUGGGUCAUCAGGAUCUUCUGUUUGGCCUCCUCUGUCGGCCUGUACAGCUGCCUGUGGCCGUUUGUCAGGAGACUUCCUUUCUGCAAGUGCAGGAUCCCGGAGAACAACCUGCCGUACCUGCACAAGCGGCCGCAGAUUCGCAUGUUGCUGCUGUCAGCCCUCUGCAUCAGUGUCAGCAUCAUCUGGAUGGUGUUUCGCAAUGAAGACCAGUGGGCGUGGGUGUUACAGGACGCCCUGGGGAUCGCCUUCUGUCUCUACAUGCUCAAAACAGUCAGGCUGUCCACAUUUAAGGCUUGCACUUUACUAAUGACGGUCCUGUUUGUGUACGAUGUUUUCUUCGUAUUUAUUACACCUUUCUUCACAAAGAGUGGGGAAAGUAUAAUGGUGGAGGUAGCGGCUGGUCCCUCUGACUCCUCCACACAUGAAAAGCUUCCCAUGGUGCUCAAAGUGCCACGGUUAAACUCCUCCCCUCUGGCUCUUUGUGACCGUCCCUUCUCGCUCCUUGGCUUUGGAGAUAUUUUAGUACCAGGUCUGCUGGUGGCGUACUGUCACAGAUUUGACAUUUUAACUCAAUCCUCGAGGAUCUACUUUGUGGCCUGUACAGUCGCUUACGGCAUCGGCCUGCUGAUCACCUUCGUGGCACUGGCCAUGAUGCAGAUGGGUCAGCCGGCUUUGCUCUACCUGGUGCCUUGCACUCUGCUCACCAGCCUCACUGUAGCGCUGUGGCGCAGGGAGUUGCCCCAGUUCUGGACUGGAAGUGGAUUUGUGCCUGCCAUAGUGCUCGCACCGAUCAACUGCACACAAACCGCCACGCCACAGACCGAGGGGCCCUCAGCUAAACCUGAGCCAGAGGCCACAGAGGAGCAAGCCAAUAAGAGCGAAGACACCCCUCAGCACCCACCUCAGCAAACGCCCUCGGCAGAGGGCAACGAGGAGGAAAAUAAACCUAACUGAAACAAAGUCUAGUACGGCACUUUUCCAUUUCACUAUGUUGAUUUUGUUCUGUUUUAUUUCCACAGUGUGUCUGAGUUAGUGGAACGUUUCACGUACGGAUGCUUGUUUGCGCUCAGUGCAAAGUGAGGAGCAGAACGAAGUCGUGUUUUCUGAAUGUUGGACUCAGCAGGGUAGUGAGGGAAUCAAACUGCCGAACAUAAGCAGCCUAACAGCACCUGCUACCAUACAGUCUGCACCACCCAUAAGGGGAGUGAAAAGUCAAAUCUGCAAACUGUUCUGCUGAAAAAACACUAAAUAUUUCCACUGCACUCAGCUCUCAGCCAGCCUCAAGGCCUGGUCACACCAGCAAAUGUCAGUGUAACCAGACCAAUAACACCAGUGCUAAAUAACCUAUUUAGAAAAGUACCCCUACAGAGUAUUGGUUUUCUUUACAGUGAAGAAGAUAUUCACCAUUUAAAAAGCUGAGAUCUUAAACCCGAGUUUAAAAAAAAAAAAAAAAAAAAAAAAA